UUCUUGGCUGCGUGGUUCAUAGGAAUUACAAAGAAUUGAUGGCCAAGUGCAACAUCCUAGGACGAGGAGAAGCCCGUUCUCUUAGUAAACUUGACAAGGCUAAAGAGAAGAUAAAGAAGCUGAAAACAAGGGUCCAAGAAUUGGAGAUAGCAGUUGAAGCAAAGGAUAAUGAAGUUUUGAGAGCUUUGAAAUUUUCAAAGAAAGCCUCCAGUAAAAUGGAUAAAUGUUCAUUGGAAAAUCAAAUAAAGGAACCUGCUGAACAGAAGAUUAGUUUGGACUGCACUGAAAGCAUGCAAAAUGAUCCGUUUUGCCCUACGAAAAGGAAAAGGUUAAAACCUUCCAAGGAUAUAGGUUUAAAUAAUAUUACACAUGAUAAAAGUCUUGGUGUCCUUGGCCAAGAGAUGGGUUCUUACAUUUUUAUAGAUGAGGAUGCUUCAGGUAUUUCUACAUUCAUUGAAGAGGAUGUAGCCAUCCAAAAAUGUUAUUCGUCAAGGCCAAGGCUAGCUUUUGAUACAGAAAGUGAAGCUCAAUUGCAUGGAGAAAGUAACAAGGAUGGUUUUUCAGACUCAAGGUGUGCUAGUAAGGGUGAUAUGGCCACUACUCCACUUGAUGCUACAGAUGAGGAUGUGGAAUUGCUUCAUGAUGACAUUACACAAUGUCCGCCCUUGCUUCGCAUUAAAAGGGAGACUCCAUUGCCAAUCCCAGUUUCACAACCAGAUCGCUGUUUUUCUGGUGGGUUGCUUGGUCCUGAUGGAACUAAUUGGCACUUGGGGAAAUGGUGCAAGCGGGUUCAGAAUAAGGGAUCAACAGUCUCUUCUGUGGCAAUGCAAGGAUCAACUAGAAGUACUGGUGAUUUAAUUGCUAUUGGAGCUGAUGGUAAAGGUGGUAGAAUUAAAGUUCUGAGAUCUCUGAAUCAGUCAUCACGGAACAGCAAGGAGACUACAACAUGGGUGAAAAGAGGCCAGUAUGGAGCCAAAACAAAUGCCUUGCAAUCUCAAGGAUGUUUGCAAAUUGAACACUUCUUUGGAAAGGCCGGUCAAUAAUUAAAUGUUCGAAGUGUGCCUGUUAAUACAUUUGAUAUCCAUCACUAUGACUCGAGAAAUAAGUGAAUUUUGUGCUUAAUGUUCUAAUGAUUAAUGCGAAAAAGAAGAAA